CUUGACUACUGUUGGUCAGCCGGGUAUUUUUUUAGUUGCAAUAGGAUAGUCCCACGUGUGUACCAUUCAGUUUAUUUAUACUGAGGGUACCAAGCACAAGACGCAGUUAGCCAUGCCCAAAGCACCCAAAGGGAAGGCAACACGGGAAAACAAAGUCAUUCAUCCGUACAGCCGAAAAGCUGCACAGUUGACACGGGAUGCACAUAAACAGGAGAAAAAAGAAAAGCAGAAGACUGAAAAGGCCUUACGACUACAUUUAAUAGGGGAGAAAUUUCUGUGGUUUCAAAACCAGCUUGAUUCAAACAAAAAGGAGUACUCAAAGAUAGAAGCCUGUUAUAUAAUAGAGAGAUAUUUGCACCGGUUUGACAGUGAACUAGAACAAAUUGCAUUGCUUAAUAGUAUCAAGGGCAGGCAAGGACGACAACACAAUUCCCGAGAAAACGUUAUUAAACAGACCAUAGAACGAGAGACUCUACUCUAUCAAGGAUAUGGUUUAGAAAUUCCAGAUAUCAUUAAUUCCAAGAAUCUUCAAAUAUUCAGGGAGUGGAAUGGUGAUCUGAAAAAACUGCCACAUAUUAAAACAAGAAAAAUUUCCAUAAAGGACUUAACUUGUACCAAAGAAACUAAGAGCGAGUUUCAGCAAGAAGAGCAAAUGCAUGAAUCUAGUUCAGUACCUGAAGAGAAGGAUGAAGAAUUCCUUCCCGACAGCUUAUUACUUGAUGACAAUGAUGAAGAGGAGUCACUGCCAUCUAGUUCAGCAGAAGACGUGCUAGAAGAUAGUUGAAAACCUCUCAUGAUGGUCAUUUAAAACACAGAUAUAAAAGUUACCAAAAGCUAUGACAGUGUCGGCUGGAAGUGAAAAAGCUGUAACCUGGGCAUCUAGUUUGAUUGUUGUAUAUAAUAUUCACUAUGAAUUUUGCUUCAUUUUUAUCUUGGCCUCUUAUAAAAGUUCAUAAUCAUCAGUAAAGUAUUUUAGAACAGA